GUUGGACUUUGAUUUGACGCGAAGAAAGAGAAAUCAGAGAGGAUUAACUAUAACGAUACUCUGAUUAUACAAUCAGUAUACAAUAUCCGAUAUGGCCCCCUGGGAGGAAUUUGACGUCACGUUCUCUUUCAAGCGCGAUUCCAGCUACGAUCCAAAAACAUAUGACCAAAUCAUCGCUAACAGACAGGCUCUCGAGAACGUCCUUUUCGUUGACAGGCUCCUCAAAGCUCUGAAUAUUGAUGCCGCUUCGCGAGUGUACCCCCCAAGAACCAACCAAGCCCUCCGCGCGCUCUACGCACAAAUUGUCUCCUCAUCCUCGCCAAAUCACCACAAGCAGGCGUUGAUAUAUUACAUUCUCAGAGACCUUCGAAGCACAAGCGGUGGUGAUGCCAGUCUACUGUUCGCGCGACGAUGCUAUCUACCAGAGAAAUACAGACUAUUCAUCGAGGGACUGUGGCAUCUGGAUAGAUUGGAGUUUAGGAGAGCACUAGAAUACCUAACGGAGCCCUCCCUACUCCCUACUUUCCCUGAUGAAAUACUCUACACACUCGCAACCCACUCGAAACAAAGGCAGCAGCAACAACACCGCAACGAAAACGAUGACGGCAGUCUCGCAACAGCAUACUAUCUCACCGCCUCCCCACCCUUGGCCUCUCCGAAAGCUCUAAACGCCUACUUCGCCCUCCUCUGCCGUACCCACAUCACAGAAUCCUUCUACUUCGCCCGCAAACAACCCUCCCCAUCCUCCCAUCGCGACCUUCUCGAACAACUCAUUGUCUUCGUCCUAUCCACCACCAAACCGGGUGAAACCCGCGCCAAGCGCGCAAUGGAGCUUAUCAACCUCCCAUUCAGCGCGGAGGAGGAACGGUGGUUCGAGGAUUGUUUGUUGACGGGGAAGGCGAGGCAUUUACCGGGGGCGAAGGAUACGGUUAUGAUGCGCCGGGUGGCGACGGGGCGAUUGCAGGAUUUGAAUGCAGGAGGCUUAGAGGCGCUGGGCGGGAGGAAGAUUGAGGGAUUGAAUUGGGACGAUUUGAAGAAGAAUUUGAGAGCGAGUUCGUCGGCGCUUGGAGGUUCUGCGGGGGUCGGGUAUUAAUUGACACGGCAUGUAAUGACUGGUAGCUGUAUUUUAGCCUAGCAUUUUAGCGGCGCAAGGGAUGGGUUUGGCGAAUUGAUGCUCUUUUUAAUUUCAUUUGAACAAGAAAGGCCCUUCAGUAUUGAUGCUUUUAUUAGAUGCCUGUUCCAAGUAUAUUGUCUUGGAUUCGCUGGAAUUGAUGGUAUUGCUGUUUUUUCUGUGAAACCUUGCAGUAACGUUAACUUUUAAAAUGAUUUUAUAGAUCAAUCAUUUUUACUAUAAUCAAGUCAUUUGAUUACCCAA